GAAGACUUAGAACCAUCACGAGCUUUAAAAGGCAGAUAGUACGACGGUUGGCACCUCAUCUCUACUUCUCUCAUCAUCCCGGUAUCAUUUUGAGAUCUACCUCUUUUUACGCCCAACAUCAGAAAGAUCGUCAGAACUAUCUCACUCCAGCCUCAACAUGUCCACGUCAUCUCUGGUCCACUACACCACCGUCACCCGCGAUGUCGACGCACCCAUCGGCCAAGUCUGGGGCCUCGUGGCGGGCUUCGGCGCCGAGAAGGCAUGGUACCCAGGCGCCAAAUCGGUAUCUCUUGAAGGAUUUGGAAUAGGCAGCGUCCGCACCUUUAACUACGUCUACCCUGCCGGCAAGAACAAGGGCCAGGAAUAUACCUUCUCCGAGGAGCUUACGGAAUAUGACGCUUCCAAGCACUCGAUGACUUUCCAAGUUCGAAGACCCGAUUACCCAAACAUGAUCGCCUUUGGAACCACCGUCUUAGACUCGCUCGGGCCUAACAAGACCCGUUUCCGUUGGAUCGCGGAGGGUUCGCCCUUGCCUGAUGAAUUUGUCGCGGUUUUGCGCGAGGACCUCAAUGAACGGUUUGAUGGGCUUAUCAUUGCCAUCGCCAACCAGCUGGUCUAGAAGUGGAGAGAUUGAUUCUCGAGAAAGGAGGGAGGCAUAGUGUGAUUGGAACCACUCUAGGGGAGACCAUGCCAUUGUACGCAUUGAUUUGUAUCCAG